AUGGCCGUAAGAGUUGCCACCUUUCUUGAGAAUGGCUGGGCUGAGGAGCUGGUGCUGGCUGUGUCCUUCACCAUCAGGGGCCUCACUUUAAUUCUGCCCUCACUCAGUCCCUAUGCCAAGUGCAUCAGUAUGAUCAACCAGGCCACACCCUAGAGUUACUCAGUGCACGUCUGAGAUGAUGGCAAUAUGCUCAACGUGCUCUGUCACUCCCAGGAUCCCCAGGGCCCAAGCUUGGAGUGGGUGAAGAUUCUGGGCACACCUCCAUCGACAGGGAAGAGAUCUCCUUCCCUGAGGGCCCCCAAUUAA